UGUUUUAGGCAUCUCAUGGCUAACUUCUCUAAAAAGUUCCAAGGAGAUGUGUUUGGCAGAAUGUGGCCAGCUGCUAGGGCAUAUAGGCCACAAGUUUUUAACUACCACAUGAAUAAAAUCCUAGCAGAAGCACCUGAUGUGCAUGAAUAUCUCUCAAGGUACCACAGCUUAAAAUGGAUGAGAUGCAUGUUUGACCCCUCCAUUAAAUGUGAUUACAUCAACAAUAACCUUGCCGAGUCUUUUAAUGGUUGGAUUAAAGAUUACAAAGAUUUGCCACCUGAUGAGCUAGCUGACACUCUUAGAGAGCUAGUCAUGAAACUUCAUGAGAAAAGGAGAAAGAUUGGGAUGAAACUGAAAGGAAAAAUUAUUCCAGCCAUCAUCCAACAGAUUCAUAAUAGGACAAGGGGACUUAAACAUUUGAAAGUUGGGAAAUCUGGAGUUGCAAGUUGUGAGGUGAGGGACACAAGUAAAUACAACUUGCGACAUGUUGUGAAAACUGACCAAAGCGAGUGCACGUGCUUGGAGUGGCAGCACACAGGGAAGCCUUGUGAGCAUGCACUUGCUUUCUUGCUAGAUAGAAGGAACCCCAGAUGGGAGGAUUAUGUGCAUGACUAUUUCUCUCUGGAGAAGUUUCGGGCAGCAUAUGCUGGAGAGAUUGAGCCAUUGACAGAUAGGUCUCAAUGGCCACAUGUACAAUUUCCAUUUGACAUGGAGGCUCCAUUAGACAAGAAAAGAGGUGUUGGAAGGCCUAGAAAGAACAGGUACAAGAGCUUCCUCGAAGGUGGAGAUGGUGGUCCUAAAAAGAAGAAAGAGCCAAAACAGCUAGGCAGCAAGAAUAGAUGCAAAAGAUGCCACAUUUUAGGCCAUAGGCAGUCCACGUGUCCGUUGAAUGGACCAAAGCCAAGGAAAAGAAAGAAGAGAGCACCAAGAUAUCCAGCUGAUGAUGAUGCCUCGGCACCGGAACCUGAAUUGACAUCCCAACAACCUGAAGUUGUCACUCCCAAUAGGCACAUGAUCACUAUGCCACAAAGUCUUCAAGGCAGUCCCAAUCCAGUGACAAGAAGCAUGUUGGCUUCGGCGUUGGCUGACGAGGCAACACAUGCAGCACCACAACUUGAUGUGGCCGUCACUCCAACAAGGCACAUGAUCACUAUGCCACAGAGUCUCCAAGGAAGUCCCAAUCCAGUGACAAGAAGGAUGUUGGCCAUGGCAUUGGCUGAUGAGGCGUUGCAGAAACCUACCCCUACCAUGGAGGACACCAUGAUAGCAUACGACAUGGCCUCAAGCUCAAAAGCUAGAAAGUUGACCCCGAAGAGAAGGAAGUACUAGUGAUGUGCUUGAUCU